CAUAUUGAGAAAGAAUAUCCCCUGAUCUCAUCUCAUGGGACAGCAAUAGAUCUUUGUUUGACGAGUUUAUUAUGAUUAUCUGUUCCACUUGCACACGUUAUGUAUUGCAUUACUUGUCAAUUAUGAUGAUGAUCAUAGACAAAUUCCACUGAGGCACUACCGGCCGCCCCUCACAACACAAAAGUAAACGCUGAAUAGAAAUUAUUUUUAAUGGAAAGGAAUAGCAAUAACAAUAGGAAUAGCAUACUUGUCCUUUUAUAUAUCCCCAGUUGUCAACGUCACGCCACUUCCUCGCUUCUUACCUUCACUUUGCUGGGACAUGGUCAAUGGCUGGUCGCUGCUAUGCAAUCCCCAACACCCAAAACCAUAUUCCCCCAAUCUCUAUUCUUCUUCCUCAACAUUCUUCUCAUUGAACCUUCAUGGAUCCUAAAGACUCCAUUUUUCCCUUCUGGGGAUCCGUACGGGGAACUCCCAGUUCCAGACAAUUACCAACAAGUCUAAUCCCAUCAUUAUCUUCCAUGUACAUGGUCCUUGUCACAACACUGUUGCUUCUGUCAUGGCUCCUUGUUCUUGUUGAAGCCUCCUCGUGUAACCAACAAGACAGAGACUCGCUAUUGGCCUUCUCCGCGAACAUAUCCACGCCUUCUCCUCUCAAUUGGUCUGCUUCUGUUGAUUGCUGCACGUGGGAAGGCAUUGCUUGUGAUGGGGAUCUCAGAGUCAUCCAUCUAUUGCUACCAUCCAGAGCCCUCAGUGGCUUCAUCUUCCCAUCUCUCACAAACCUCACUGCUCUCUCUCAGCUCAAUCUCUCCCAUAACAGCUUAUCUGGUAAUCUCCCAGACCGAUUUUUCUCUCUUCUUAAUCACCUGCAGAUUCUUGAUUUGAGCUACAAUCGUCUCUCCGGUGAAUUGCCACCCUUUGUUGCUGAUAUCAGUAGCAAUACUAUCGUGGAGCUCGAUUUGUCUAGUAAUUUAUUCCACGGAACACUCCCACCUUCUCUUCUUCAGCAGCUAACGGGAGGGACUUUGACAUCGUUUAAUGUUAGUAACAAUAGCUUCACGGGUCAAAUUCCCACUUCUCUCCUAUGCAGUAACCACAAUAACUCCUCCUCUAUCAGAUUCAUGGAUUAUUCCUCCAACCAUUUUGAUGGCAUGAUUCAGCCUGGACUCGGAGCAUGUUCAAAACUGGAGAAAUUUCGAGCAGGUUCCAAUCUACUAUCUGGGCCUCUUCCUGCUGAUAUUUUUAAUGCUGUUGCUCUCACCGAAAUCUCUUUGCCCCUCAAUAAACUCAGUGGAACCAUUGGUGAGGGAAUUGUUAACCUUACCAACCUCACACUGUUGGAGCUCUACUCCAAUAAUUUCACGGGCCCCAUUCCCCAGGAUAUUGGGAAGCUCUCCAAAUUGGAAAGGUUACUUCUUCAUGCCAACAAUCUAACUGGUACUCUGCCCCCAUCUCUAAUGAACUGUACCAAUCUUGUCAUGUUGGAUGUAAGGCUCAACUCCUUGGAGGGACAGCUCUCAGCAUUGAAUUUCUCCAGACUCCAGAGUCUCACAACACUUGACCUUGGCAACAAUAGUUUUACGGGUAUUUUGCCACCAACACUUUAUGCCUGUAAAUCACUUAAAGCAGUAAGGUUAGCAUCUAAUCAGAUUGAGGGACAGAUCUCACCUGACAUACUUAGACUUCAGUCUCUGGCUUUCCUAUCAGUUUCUACCAACAACCUGAGUAAUGUCACUGGGGCUCUCACGCUACUCAUGGGGCUCAAGAACCUUAGUACCCUUAUGCUCUCCCAGAAUUUUUUCAAUGAAAUGAUGCCUGAUGAUGUAAACAUCACACACCCAGAUGGAUUCCAAAAGAUCCAAGUUCUUGGCUUGGGUGGUUGUAACUUCACGGGCCAAAUACCACACUGGCUCGUUAAUCUGAAGAAGCUUGAGGUUUUGGAUUUGUCCUAUAAUCAAAUUUCCGGUUCAAUUCCUACUUGGUUGUACACACUUCCUGAACUUUUCUACAUAGACUUGUCUUUUAACCACCUCACAGGAAUAUUUCCAACAGAGUUCACAAGGCUUCCAGCACUGACAUCACAACGAACAUAUGAUGGUGUAGAAAGGACUUACCUGGAGUUACCCCUCUUUGCUAAUGCCAACAAUGUUUCUCAGAUGCAAUAUAAUCAGAUUUCUAACCUACCACCAGCAAUAUAUCUGGGAAACAAUAGCCUAAAUGGCAGUAUUCCCAAAGAAAUUGGCCAACUGAAAGUCCUUCAUCAGCUGGACCUUAGUUACAACCAAUUCUCUGGCAUUAUUCCAGACGAAAUUUCCAACUUGAUUAACUUAGAGAAGCUAUAUCUAGCUGGAAACCAACUAUCUGGUGAAAUUCCUGCUUCACUCAAAAGCUUGCAUUUUUUGUCUGUUUUCAGUGUAGCAUUCAAUGAUCUUCAAGGACCGAUACCAACUGGUAAUCAAUUUGAUACUUUUCCUCCUUCAAGCUUUGAAGGAAACCCACAGUUGUGUGGUUCAGCUGUUCAGCGCUCCUGUCUUCCUCAGCAAGGUACUAUUGCAGGUGGUCAUCGCUCAAACAAAAAAUUGAUAGUUGGAUUUGUCAUUGCAGCCUGUUUUGGCACUGUUUCUUUCAUUUCGGUGUUGAUAGUGUGGAUAAUAUCCAAGAGGAGGAUCAAUCCAGGAGGAGACACCGACAAGAUUGAACUAGAAUCAAUUCCUGGCAACUCUAACAGUGGGGUUCAUCCUGAGGUUGACAAGGAGGCUAGCCUAGUGGUAUUGUUCCCUAAUAAAACAAAUGAAAUCAAGGAUCUUACCAUAUUGGAAAUAUUAAAAGCCACAGAAAAUUUCAGUCAGGCAAACAUAAUAGGAUGUGGGGGUUUUGGUUUGGUUUAUAAAGCAACAUUACCAAAUGGAACUACUCUAGCUAUCAAGAAACUUUCCGGAGAUUUGGGUCUAAUGGAAAGGGAAUUUAAAGCAGAGGUAGAGGCUUUGUCGACAGCACAGCAUGACAAUCUGGUUGCAUUGCAAGGCUAUUGUGUGCAUGAGGGCUUUCGACUUCUGAUAUAUACUUACAUGGAAAAUGGAAGCCUGGAUUACUGGUUGCAUGAAAAGGCUGAUGGUCCAUCUCAACUUGAUUGGCCUACUCGACUGAAGAUUGCACAAGGUGCUAGCUGUGGACUGGCUUACAUGCAUCAGAUAUGCGAACCACAUAUAGUGCAUCGUGAUAUAAAGUCAAGUAAUAUACUUCUUGAUGAUAAGUUUGAAGCACAUGUUGCUGAUUUUGGAUUGGCCCGAUUGAUUCUUCCUUAUCAUACUCAUGUUACAACUGAACUAGUAGGUACAUUAGGUUACAUUCCCCCAGAGUAUGGACAAGCAUGGGUGGCAACUCUGAGAGGAGAUAUCUACAGCUUUGGGGUUGUCAUGCUUGAGCUGCUUACUGGGAGGAGGCCAGUCGAUGUAAGCAAGCCAAAAAUGUCAAGAGAGUUGGUUGUCUGGGUUCAACAUAUGAGGAGUGAAGGAAAACAAGAUCAAGUAUUUGAUCCUCUUCUGAGAGGGCAAGGUUUUGAAGAACAGAUGCUGCAGGUACUUGAUGUAGCCUGCAUGUGUGUCAGCCAGAAUCCUUUCAAGAGACCAAGCAUCAGAGAAGUUGUUGAAUGGCUGCAGAACGUAGGAUCAUCCAACCUGCAAAUGAAUAAAGACUACAUAUAAAUGUUUGUUCUUGACAAAUAUUGACAAUAGAUAUGUAUACUUGUGCAAAAAAUUUUGCAUUUCAAUCUAUACAGAAUAAUUUACCACUGUAAAUGAUGACUCUCCCUUUCAGAUUUAGAGUUAGUAGCAAGAUUUUAAUAAUGAUUUCAUGUGAUCAUCUUCUUUUCUAUGAAUUAGCAUCAUUGCUUAUGCAGAAACUACAACUUCAUGCAACAACUGUUUCUCUUAAUUCUCUCCGACGAAUACAGCAUCCCGAACAACUCAAGUCUUUUGUCAUGCGGCUUAAAUCAUUCUAUUUCUUCUUUUCAACUUAAUGUUCCAGUGCUGCGAUUUACUGAAUUUAGUUUGUUAUCAUUCACUUUAUUAAAUGUUAGACCCUCUUUAUUUAACAGAAUAUUGUAGUUUCAGUAGAUGACAAAAACCAUGCCAAUUUAAAUUUAUGUUCCAGGCCAUCCAGGAAAAGAGCAUUUGUUUG